AGCAUGGCUGCGGCUGGGCCAGCCACUGUGGCUGCUUCCAGAAAGGAGUCUCCCGGCAGAUGGGGCCUGGGAGACCAGCCGGCAGGCGUGGGUCCCUCGCUGCAGUGUCGCGUGUGUGGAGACAGCAGCAGCGGGAAGCACUACGGCAUCUACGCCUGCAACGGUUGCAGCGGCUUCUUCAAGCGGAGUGUGCGGCGGAGGCUCAUCUACCGGUGCCAGGUGGGGGCGGGGAUGUGCCCGGUGGACAAGGCCCACAGGAACCAGUGCCAGGCCUGCCGGCUGAAGAAGUGCUUGCAGGAGGGCAUGAACCAGGACGCUGUGCAGAAUGAACGCCAGCCACGAAGCACGGCCCAGGUCCGGCUGGCCGGCAUGGAAUCAGACGCAGAGACCCGGCUGGAGCCCCUGGUGGCCCCCCUGCCCCCGGCAGGGCCCAGCCCGCGGGACCCCAUGCCUGUUUCUGCAGCCAGAGCCCUGGGGCCUGGGGCCCUCACCCCGCCCGGGCACCACCACUUCUUGACCAGCCUUAUCACAGCUGAAACAUGUGCUAAGCUGGAGCCAGAGGAUGCCGAUGAGAAUAUUGAUGUCACCAGCAAUGAUCCCGAGUUUCCCUCAUCCCCAUACUCCUCCUCAUCACCCUGUGGCCUGGACAGCAUCCAUGAGACAUCGGCUCGCCUUCUCUUUAUGGCUGUCAAGUGGGCCAAGAACCUGCCUGUGUUCUCCAACCUGCCCUUCCGCGAUCAGGUGAUUCUGCUGGAAGAGGCAUGGAGUGAACUCUUCCUCCUCGGGGCCAUACAGUGGUCUCUGCCUCUGGACAGCUGCCCUCUGCUGGCACCGCCUCAGGCCUCCACUGCCGGCAGCUCCCAGGGCCGAUUGGCACUGGCCGGUGCCGAGAGUCGCAUCCUGCAAGAGACAAUCUCAAGGUUCCGAGCGCUGGCGGUGGACCCCACAGAGUUCGCCUGCAUGAAGGCCCUGGUCCUCUUCAAACCAGAAACUCGGGGCCUGAAGGAUCCUGAGCACGUGGAGGCGUUGCAGGACCAGUCCCAAGUGAUGCUGAGCCAGCACAGCAAGGCGCACCACCCCAGCCAGCCCGUGAGGUUUGGGAAGUUGCUCCUGCUUCUCCCGUCUUUGAGGUUUAUCACUUCUGAACGAGUCGAGCUCCUCUUUUUCCGCAAGACCAUAGGGAAUACUCCAAUGGAAAAGCUCCUUUGUGAUAUGUUCAAAAACUGA